AUGAAGCCUACGAAACCUGCAAAGAAGCCCUGCUUAACCACCCCCAACCCAAUGCUCCACAGCAUAGUGGUCGAUGCCUCCAGCACUGCCAUUAGUGCUGUCCCCCAGAAACGUCGGUCAUAUGUGGAGGCAAAGAAUUUCCAUAUCCUGACUGAUCACAAACCCCUCACCUUCGCCUUACACUCGAGGACCCGCCGCCAAUCUCCUCGCGAGGAGCGCCACCUGAACUACGUCUCACAAUUCACGAUGGACAUCAGACACAUUCGAGGCUCAGACAACGAGGCCGCCGAUGCUCUGUCGAGGAUAACCAUAUCUUCAGCGAUCCUCGCCGACGAUGCAGUAGAUUACCACCUGGUCAGCAGAGAACAACGCCAGGACACAUCCAUGACUCCUCUCAUAGAGGGCCAGACUUCCCCUAACCUUGAGAGAGUCAAAAUCCUGAACUCCCACGACGACUUUCUCUGUGACGUCCCCCUCGGCUGCCCUCGCCCAUACAUCCCGCCUUCUAUCUGCCGAUUCUUCGACGACUACCAUCAGCAUCGCGGCAUCCGGGCCACCCAACACCACAUCCGCAGCAAAGUCGUCUGGCCCGCCAUCAACAAGGACGUUCGGCAGUGGUGUCGCUCAUGCAUCGAAUACGAAAGGUUCCAGCAUAUCCACAUAGACAUAGUGGGACCCCUGUCCAUGGACGACGGCUACAGCUACAUCCUGACGAUGAUCGACCGCUUCACCAGAUGGCCCGAGGCUACGCCCGUCCGUGACAUCACCACAGCGACAGUCGCCAAGACCUCCCUCAGCACCUGGAUCUCUUGCUUGGGCAUCCCCAGACACCGUUACUACUGA